UUAAAAAGGAAAUAAAAGGGUGCGCGGUUCUCGGAGGUUUCUGGCGUCGUUCUUCUUGAAGUCUCAAACGCCAAGUCCGUAAAGUAUGGCGUCCUUCAGGUCUCUAAAAUCUGCAAUAUUCGAGAGCGAAGAGAGAAAACAACAGUAUCAGGCUCACAUUCGAGGACUCAACGCAUACGAUCGUCAUAAUAAAUUCGUGAAGGAUUACGUUGAUUUCUAUGGGAAAGGGAAAAAUACACAAGACAAGUUGCCUAUUAAAACUGAUUAUGACACUCUUAGAGAAGGCUACAGGUUCAUCCGCUCCGAGGAAGAUGAUAUGGAUCCAUCUUGGGAGCAGAAGCUUGUGAAGCGCUACUAUGAUAAACUUUUCAAAGAAUACUGCAUAGCUGACAUGUCAAAAUACAAGAGUGGAAAGAUUGGCCUAAGGUGGAGAUCAGAAAAGGAAGUCAUAUCUGGAAAAGGACAGUUCAUAUGCGGUAACAAACAUUGCAAUGAAAAAAAUGGUUUAGCAAGUUAUGAGGUAAAUUUUUCUUACUUUGAAGCAGGAGAAAACAAACAGGCCCUAGUGAAGUUGGUGACAUGUCCAAGAUGUGCUGAGAUGCUUACGUACAAAAAACAGAAAGAGAAGGAGCUUUCAGAUGUAAUACAGAAGGAGAAGCAGAAAAGAAAAAGGGAAAGAACAAAAAAUGAUGAUGAUACAGAUGAUGAGGAUGUAGUGACGAAUGAGAGAAGAAGAAAAGUGGUAGUCUCAGGGAAAAAGGCUCCAACUUCGACAGAUGAUCAUAAGUCCGAUGAUGAUGAAAAUUUCGAUGAGUUUCUUGAAGGAAUGUUUCCCUGAUUUUAGCUUUAAUGGUAUGUUCCAUCUGAAAAUAUCAUCUACACUCAAUACUCAACAGAUCCAUGUAAAAUACAGAAUUCUCCUAAUGAUUAUUUCAGUUCAAUAGUUGGGAAAAGUUGGAUCAGCUAAGAAAAAAAUUCACCUCUA